CGUUUCCCAGUUUGUCGGCGGCUUCUCAGUUCAUUCGCGACUUCGAACUCGAACCCAAGCGAACACUCGCGCGAACACUUCAAAGGCGGCCGCCGCACAUGUUGCACGGCUAAAAAGAAACGACGAUAUCAAAGAGCCUAAGAAGAAAGAGCCAGAAAAGCGCAGUAGCAGCAGCAGCAGAAGCAAUGUGACUGAAAAGUUAAAUUCCAAAAAAAAAGAAAGAAAAGUGAAGUGAAGGAAGAAAAAAUAAUAUAUUUAAAAAAAAAAAAAACAAUUUUUGUGCCUUUGAGACACUCUUAAAAAAAAAAACAAUUUCCCUAAAGGCAAAUAAUUAAAAACAAAAAAAUACUCUUAAAAAAUUGAAUCCAAAACCUGAUGGCAACAACAACAACACAAUCGGCAGCUGUUGCUGCUCCUCCGGCACUCAGUAUCCUGCCCACCAGCCGCACCACCCAUCGCUCCCACUCCCACUCCUCCGAGUCUCAGUCCUCGAGCAGCAGGAGCAGCACAUCAUCGAGUACCACUACCACUAACAAAAACAAUAACAAUACAACAAAUACCGUUAUUAGCCAACCGAUCAAGAUACCGUUAAGCGAAAGAUUCUCAUCACAGACAUCAACGGGAUCAGCGGAUAGCGGAGUAAUUGUUUCCAGUGCAUCGCAGCAGCAGUUGCAGCAACUGCAGCUCCCGCCCCCGCGCAGCAGCAGCGGCUCACUGAGUCUGCCGCAGGCGCCACCUGGCGGCAAGUGGCGUCAGAAGCAGCUCCUCCUCAGCCAGGACAGUGGCAUCGAGAAUGGAGUGGCCACCAGCAAGUCCGGUCAGGCCAAUACCUCGGGAGGAUCCUCGAAGGCGGAGAAGGGCGGCGGCUGCAGCAGCGAGAGUUUAGAGAGCGGCGGAGCAGUUGCGGAGAAUCCUCCCAGGAUUCGUGCUGCCUCAGCUCUGGAGCUCUCCACAUCCGCCUCUGCAUCCAGUUCCACUUCCAGUGGCACCAACAUCCUGCGCAGUCGAAUCAAGUACAAGAGCACCAACAGCACUGGGACCCAGGGAUUCGAUGUCGAGGAUCGCAUCGAUGAGGUAGAUAUCUGUGAUGAUGAUGAGGAUGACGUGGUGGAUGUGGAUGUGGAUGACGAGGAGGACGAUGGCGUCAAUGUGGACGAUGUGGAGGAGGCGGACAAUCAGUCCGACAGCCAGUCAGGUAUUAUCAUCAACCUCAAGAGCCAGGAGCAGCAGGAGUCGGAGGAUCAGAGCCAGCCGGAGGGAGCUGGAGACAAGUCAGUUGGAGGACUACCCCCGCCGGAUCAGGCUGAACUGACGGUGGCCGCUGCUCUGGCCCGGCGGAGAGAUGCCAAGUCGCUGGCCACCGACGGACACAUCUACUUCCCGCUGCUGAAGAUCAGCGAGGAUCCGCACAUCGAUGCCAAGCUGAUCAACCGGAAGGACGGCCUCCAGGACACCAUGUACUAUCUGGAUGAGUUCGGUAGUCCGAAGCUGAGGGAGAAGUUUGCCAGGAAGCAGAAACAGCUGCUGGCGAAGCAACAGAAGCAGCUCCUCAAGCGGGAGAGGAGGAGCGAGGAGCAGCGCAAGAAGCGCAACACCACGGUGGCCUCCAAUCUGGCCGCCAGUGGUGGCGUGGACACCAAAGAUGAACACCAAUCCCCCCACUGUGAUAGCUCCAUUGCGAGGAGCAAGCAUAACUCAGUACCGCCCAUCCGGAUUCAGGAGGAUCCUCUGGUAGUGGAUGCUGAUCUGGCCGAGGACGAGGAUGAGAUGGCCGAUGGUCGUGUGAAGAUGCGUCGCCACAGCCACGACAAUCACUACGACAGCCAGCAGAGCAGCCGGAGAACCAUAGCUCAAGUUAACACCACCACCACCCGCCCAGCAAAUCCCGACCAGGAUCAGGAUCCGGAUCAGGAUCAGGACAUAGAACAGGGAGCUGAGCCGGCUCUCCUGGAGGACAGCGAGUCACCCGAUCACUCCAAGACCAGCCAGAACAAGCUGGCCCGCACCCAGUCCUGCGUCAGUUGGACCAAAGUGGUGCAGAAGUUCAAGAACAUUUUAGGCCGCGAUGGUUCCAAAAUUACAACAGUUGUUGCAACACCCGGCCAAGGCACCGAUCGUGUACAAGAGGUCUCCUACACAGACACAAAGGUCAUCGGCAAUGGCAGCUUCGGAGUGGUGUUCCAGGCGAAGCUCUGCGACACCGGCGAACUGGUGGCAAUCAAAAAAGUUCUACAAGACAGACGAUUUAAGAAUCGUGAAUUGCAAAUUAUGCGCAAAUUGGAGCAUUGUAACAUUGUAAAGCUUUUGUACUUUUUCUAUUCGAGUGGUGAAAAGCGUGAUGAAGUAUUUUUGAAUUUAGUCCUCGAAUAUAUACCAGAAACCGUAUACAAAGUGGCUCGCCAAUAUGCCAAAACCAAGCAAACGAUACCAAUCAACUUUAUUCGGCUCUACAUGUACCAACUGUUUAGAAGUUUGGCCUACAUCCACUCGCUGGGCAUCUGCCACCGUGAUAUCAAGCCGCAGAAUCUUCUGCUCGAUCCGGAGACCGCCGUACUGAAGCUCUGUGACUUUGGCAGCGCCAAGCAGCUACUCCACGGCGAGCCGAAUGUCUCGUACAUCUGCUCCCGCUACUACCGCGCCCCAGAGCUCAUUUUCGGGGCCAUUAAUUAUACCACAAAAAUUGAUGUGUGGAGUGCCGGUUGCGUUUUGGCCGAGCUACUGCUGGGCCAGCCCAUCUUCCCCGGCGAUUCGGGUGUCGAUCAGCUCGUCGAGGUCAUCAAGGUCCUGGGCACACCGACAAGAGAACAGAUACGCGAAAUGAAUCCAAACUAUACGGAAUUCAAGUUUCCACAAAUUAAGAGUCAUCCGUGGCAGAAAGUUUUCCGUAUACGCACUCCGACAGAAGCUAUCAACUUGGUGUCCCUGCUGCUCGAGUACACGCCCAGCGCCCGGAUCACACCCCUCAAGGCCUGUGCACAUCCGUUCUUUGACGAGCUCCGCAUGGAGGGCAAUCACACCUUGCCGAACGGACGCGAGAUGCCGCCGCUCUUCAACUUCACAGAGCAUGAACUCUCGAUACAGCCCAGCCUAGUGCCACAGUUGUUGCCCAAACAUCUGCAGAACGCGGCCGGCGGUGCUGCCGCCAAUCGAUCAUCGGCUGGAGCCUCGGCUGGAGCGGCCAGUGGCUCGACCAGUGUCUCCUCGACGGGCAGCGGCGCCUCCGCGGAAGGAUCGGCCCAGCCACAGCAGGCAGCAUCGGCCACAGCAGCAGCAGCAGCAUCGGCAUCUGGGGCAGCAGCCGGCACCGGUUCGGGAUCGUCGGGAGCUGGAACAGCAGCUGGGGUGGCAUCGGGUGGAGCAGCUGGCACUAGCGGAUCGGGAUCAGGGGGCAACAACAGCAGCAGCGGCGGCGGUGGCGGUGGUGGCGGCGUUGGAGCGCCGUCUGCCGGUAAUGCGCAGCAGUCCGCCGGUUCGGGCGGCGGCGGUGGUGGGGGCGGUGCGGCGGCAGCUGCUGCCACUGGAGCCACUGCAUCCGGGGCCAUAGCCGCGACCAAUGCUGGCGGCGCCAACGUAACAGGUUCGCAAUCGAACAGCGCCCUCAACAAUAGCACUGGCAAUGGCAAUGGCAAUGGCAGCGGAAACGGAAACGGAAAUGGCGGCGGCAGCACCGGAAGCGGAAAUGGCGAGGCGGCAGACGAGUCAGCAGGUGCAGCAGCAGAGACGCCAGCAGCAGCAGCAGAAAACGAGGCAGCAGCGUCGGGUUAGCGCGAUUGGAAGGAUAAUAGCGCUCUGUUAAUCUAAUCUUAUUCACAGGAUAUUCGUCACAUGAAUCCCAUUCAAAAAAACAAAGAAACUCUUAAAAAAAUUAAUGAAAAAAAUCCAUAAAAAAGGGUUGAUUACACUCGAAACUAAAAAAAAAAGAAGAAAAAUUAACACAAUUCUCUAUCACUCGCACACUCACACACUUACUAAUGCCUACAACAACACCAACACACCAACACACCAACACACACACACACACACACAUGUAUGUAUGUAUAUCCUUGCUAAGUGCAUUGGGCGCAGGAAAAAAAUAUUUAGCAUAAAACUUGAAAUAAAAUAAAAAAUAAAUCCAAAAAACCACAAAAAAAAAAUCAACUUUAAAACUUUGCAUAAAUAAUAAUUAAAAUAAUACAUAUGUAUUAUUAAAAAAAAAAUAAAAUCUCAGACAAAAAAAAGAAAUGUUGAAAAAUAUUGGAAAUCGAAAGUCCUUCCCUCCCCCCCUCAAAAAUAAAAUAAAAACCAAAAAAUAGCUCGCGAAACGUAAUAAAUAUUAAGAAAAAAAUAAAUAAAUACUUAGUGAAAUAAAUCAAAAUUUUUUGUCCCAUUUAACGUUUAUAUAUAUAAAUAUAAAUAUAUAUAUGCGGUUAUACAUAAAGUAUAUGAAAGAUCACAAGUUAUCAAAGCCAUAGAUGAAAUAUUUCGGGGGAAAGUGGAUGAAAAAAAAAAUCAACCAAAAAAAACCCAAAAACUAGAAGAAAAAAAAAAACCAUUUACUAAACUCGCGCAAGUGCAUCUAUAUACAUACGAUAUAGAUAUUAUAUAAACAUAGUUAUAUACUGACAUAUAUAUAUGUAACGGAGAUAUUAAACCAAACAAAAAAAACCAAAAACAAAAACAUUCGUAAUCCUAGUAGAGCAAAAACCCAGAUUAAAGCAAAGUAAUAGUGACAUUUUUGGUGGUGGCCUGUUCUUAAGUCAAGUUUAGAUUUAGAAAGAAAGGGGAAACGGAAGCGGAAACGGAAACGGAAACGGAAGAAGCGAAAGCGGAAGCUGAAGCAGAUCGAUUGUCAAAUGCAAUAUACACUAUAUACAUAUAUACAUAAUGAAAAUCGAAAAGAAUUCAAAACGUUCUUAAAGUUAAAAAUAAAAAUAAAAAUAAACAAUGAAGUGCAAUGGAAAUGAAUGAGGAAACGCUUUUAGCGCGCGACGCCACCCAUAAACUUAAAAUAAAUAAUGAAAAAUGUCAAAGGAUAAUGGAUAAUGGAUAGUGGAAGUGUAUCUGGAAGGAAUAUAUAAAACUAAUCAACAAAAACCAUUUAGCUGCAAUUGAAAACUUAAAAUAAUUUAAAAGAAAUCGAGGCAUAGGUAUUUAAGGCAUUAUUAGAACAACAGGACUCACCUCUUCGAUUGCAUUCUGCUCUUAGUCCUUAGUCCUUAGUCCUUAGCCCAUGAUCCUUGGAGCCCAGUUAAACUGCUUGAUACUUGUUUCAAAUCCGUAAGCUCUUUAGUCAUUUCUCAGCACUACUAAGUAAAAGAAAAAAACAAAAAAAAUAAAACAAAAAUGUACGGAAAAGCAAGCCUAAUUGUAUGUAUUUCCAUAGAAACUCCUUGCAAAGCAUAUAUAUUAAAUGUAACUAUAUUUUUUUUUUUUAACUAACUAUAAACGUUGAGUUUUUCGCCAUUAAAAAUAAAUAAAUAAAAUUAAAUUUAAAAAAAUACACACACAUACACACUCACACUAAUACUCACGCACAUACGAUUUAUAAUUUCCAAAAAAACAAAAAAAAAAUGAUCUAAAAAACUGUAUAAUCCAAGCAAAGUACAGUUUAUUUUCCACACCACAACACAAAAACACACUGAAAGAAAUUAUUGAAAUGCUAAAUCAAUAUAUAUAUAUAAACACACACAUAUAUAUGCAUAGAAAAAGGAAAAAACCAACAUACUUAUAUGGAGAACAAUUUCAGCGUUUCGCUUAAAAUAUGAGGCAAAAAAAUAAACGUAAAAAAUUAAAAUAAAACAAAACUUAAACUUAAACUUAAUUAAUAACAAAUAAAAGACAGUAAAGAAAAGCAAAAACAAAAAUAAAAUAAAGAGAAACCUAAAACUAAAACCGAAAUUGACAAAAAAAAUGGAAAUGAUAAUGAAACUUGAACAACUCAAGAGGCAAAUGCGUAAAGAAAACAUUAAUUUAAAAACAAUAAAAAUUACAAACAAAAAUAUA